AUGGGCCAAGAAGAGUCAACGAUAAUUGGGGAUGAUGUACCGCCAGUGCGGUUGGAGGAGCGCUCCUUGGCUGCCGUGGCAGAGUAUAUAAAAAGCGGCCAGGUGAAGCGGAUCGUUGCCAUGGUUGGCGCAGGUAUUUCAACAGCGGCUGGAAUCCCCGACUUUCGCUCCGCAAAAACAGGUCUUUACAGUAAUCUGGCUCGACUCAACUUACCGCAUGCUGAGGCCGUAUUUGAUAUCGAUUACUUCCGUAAACGCCCAGAGCCGUUCUACGUUCUUGCAAAGGAGCUUUACCCUGGCAACUUCCACCCAACAAUCUCACACGUGUUUCUGGCGUUGCUUGCCAAGAAAGGAUUGUUGAAGAUGCUUUUUACACAAAACAUUGACUGUCUGGAACGCGAGGCCGGCGUCCCAGCAGAUAAAGUCAUUGCAGCACAUGGCAGCUUCGCGUCGCAACGGUGUAUUGAUUGCAAGGAAGAAUAUCCCGAUGAUGAAAUGAGACGAAACGUUGAGAAGAGUGAAGUUCCGCGAUGCAAGGACAGUAAAUGCAAUGGCUUGGUCAAGCCAGACAUUGUGUUCUUUGGAGAGCCACUCCCGUCGGAAUUUCGAAACAAUACCUUCCACGCCUCCACCGCGGACCUCGCACUUGUUAUUGGCACGAGUCUGUCCGUUCAGCCGUUUGCGAGCCUCCCAGAAAUGGUCAUGGAGCCUACGCCUCGGGUCCUUUUCAACAUGGAAAAGGUUGGCCGGAUGGGAUCUCGUACCGACGACGUUCUUUCGUUAGGACCCUGUGACGAUGGCAUCAGAGAACUCGCCGAAGAGCUAGGCUGGGGCGAUGAGUUGGACGAAAUGUGGCGCAAGCGGGUGGGUGAUGCUGAGGCUGAUAAACAAUCACGAGGGCGCAAAAAGCGAGAUGACGAAGUUGAACACGAGCUGCAGAAACUCACAGACGACGUCGAAAAGUACCUCAAUUUUGAUCACGCUUGGGUAGGCUCGGAAACGGCUCCGGAGCCAGCGGAUGCCACUGAGAAGCCGAGCACCGACAUUCCAGAAAAUGGCACUUCUAAGCAUGAAGAUAGCAAUGCAGAUGCAGCGGAGAAGCCACAUAUAUCAAAUGACUCCUCAAAUGGGGAAGUUUCCGAAGGAGCCGAUCAGAAUACUUCAGAAAAGCCUGAGACGAAAACGAAGGAACUGGCGCUCUGA